CAUUACCCUUUUUAGCCCAAAACCCCCAAAACCUCGCCUUUGACAGCGCCUCCCUAAAAAUUUCUAGGGUUUCAGGAAAAUUGAAGAAAGAUAUGAACUUUAAGAACGCCAAGGUCCCUAAUGUCCCAGGCGGCGCUGGAGCAGUGGGGACGCUGAUCAAGGUCGCUCUGAUCGGAGGCGGAGCUGUUUACGCUGCUCUCAACAGUCUUUAUAAUGUCGAUGGUGGUCAUCGAGCUAUUGUUUUCAAUCGCCUUGAUGGAAUAAAAGAAAAGGUUUAUCCUGAGGGAACUCAUUUAAUUAUUCCUUGGUUCGAGAGGCCUAUUAUUUAUGAUGUUCGUGCCCGACCGCAUCUUGUGGAGAGCACUUCUGGAAGCCGUGAUCUACAAAUGGUUAAAAUUGGGCUUCGAGUUCUUACCCGCCCCUUGCCUGAUCAAUUGCCCACAAUAUAUCGGACUCUUGGUGAGAACUACAAUGAGAGGGUUCUGCCAUCAAUUAUCCAUGAAACUCUGAAAGCUGUGGUUGCCCAAUACAAUGCCAGUCAGCUGAUCACACAAAGAGAGACUGUGAGUAGGGAAAUCCGGAAAAUAUUGACUGAGAGGGCUAGGAACUUCAACAUCGCAUUAGAUGAUGUCUCCAUUACAACCUUGAGCUUUGGGAAGGAGUUCACUCAUGCAAUUGAAGCUAAACAAGUGGCAGCACAAGAUGCUGAGCGGGCCAAGUUUAUUGUGGAGAAGGCAGAGCAGGAUAAGAAAAGUGCUAUUAUCCGAGCUCAGGGGGAGGCAACGAGUGCUCAACUGAUAGGUCAAGCAAUUGCAAAGAAUCCUGCUUUCCUCGUACUGAGGCAGAUUGAGGCUGCUAGAGAAGUUGCUCACACAAUUUCAAAUUCAGCCAACAAGGUUUUCCUAAACUCGGACGAGCUGUUACUGAACCUGCAGGACUUGGCCUUGGAUAACUCAACGAAAUUGAAGAAAUGAGUGAAAGCGGUUGAAGUUUUUGUUCUUCCUCUCUUCUUUGAAGGGGUCUUAUGUCAAACUGUGGAGAGAAUAUGAGCAUAAAUAGCUUAACUUUGUGGAAAACAGAUUUUAUUUUGUUUCUCCGUAAUGCUUCAUUGGAACAUUUUUCAUGGGGAUGCUGGUUAAUGAGGUUGAUGCUGGAUACUAUUAAUAAACGCAAUUAGUUUUUUAGUUUUUGUUGAUGAA